AUGAUUGAUCGACUGAUAAUAGGUUUUGCAAUAUUAUUAAUGGUUGGGAAUAAUUAUGCCUUUGAUAUUCCUUAGGCGUUAGAGAUUCCAAUAGAAAAAGAGUUUAAACUAACCUAAACAUAAUUCAAUUUAUUAUACAGCAUAUUUGCAGUACCUAACAUAGGAUUAUCUAUUGGAGGAGGUAUCAUGAUAGAUAGGAUGGGAGGAAGAUGGGGAGUACGAAUUCUACAAUAAAUAGGUAUUUACAUUUUCAUUAAUGCUUGGACUUUCAUAAAUAUUUAUAGCAUUUGGGGGAUGCUAUUAAAAAUAUUACAUGAUGUUAGUAGGGAGGGCAAUUUUUGGGAUAGCAAGUGACUUAUUACACAUAGCAGUGUUUAAGGUGAUUGCCAGAAGGAUGCCAUAUUGUUUAGGAACAGCAAUGGGGUUGAUUUUAACAGUUCCAGAAUUGGCAGCAGCUCUGAAUUCAUUUUUAUCACCUUACUUAUUUGAAAAAACUCAUUCCUUAGAGUUGCCUUUGCUUUUUGGAGUAUCAUUAUGCACUUUGGUAUAAAGAAUAAACUUAUCCUAUAGUCAUUCUUAUCUGGAUUGCUAAUGAUAUAUUUAGACACUAAAUAUGAUGUAUGUUUGGCAGAGGAACCAGACGAAGAGGUUUCAUUAUCUAAAUGUAAUUCGGCGAUCUAAAUUAGUUAAGCUUAGUAAGCCAUUUGUGAAGAUGAGUUUGAUCACUACAUUGAUGUUAGCAGCCUAUGUUCCAUUCUUAGAUAAUGCUAAUAAAUUUUAUCAUGAGAGAUUCGGAUUUAGUAUCAUGCAUGCUGGUAGAAUAGUCACUGUUGGAUAUAUUGUGGCUGGUAAUGAAAUCUCUAAAUUAUUCAUAGCCAUCUCAUCUCCUAUAAUUGGAAAAAUCAGUGACACUUUUUCUCACAAAAGGCAGGUUCUCAUUUUCAUUUCGACUUUAAUGUUCUUUUUAUCACAUCUACAACUCUAUUAUAUGCCUCACUCUAGACAUCCCAACUAUAUGUCAGUUUUCGCGUAAUUUAUAUUUUCUAUCUAUGUGAAGUUUGAUAACUUUGGGAUUGUCUUAUGCUUGCUAUUCAAGUAUUCUGAUGCCUGCAUUGUAAUCAACUGUCCCUGAAAAUAUGUUAGGUAUUUUAUAUGUGAUAUUAAGAGCUACUGCUUUGGGAAUAUUGGGGAUUAUUGAAAAUAUCUGCAUGGCAACGGUACCUAUGUUAUCAGGAUUUGUUUAUACUUUUUUAAAGGGGGAGAAAGAUAGAAUGAGAGAUGUUGAUAUUAUAUAUUUAGUAUUGGCAGGAAUUGGAGUUUGCUUAUCGAUAGGAGCAUUACCAAAUUAAGAAAAAAACGUCAAGAAAUAAAAAGAUGCAAUUAAACAGUUGCAUAAACAACCUGAAGAACAUAACCAUUUAAUUUGA